GGGGCGCGAGGCGCGCCUACUUGGGCUGCAGCCCCUUGCGGGCCUUCCUGCUGCAAGGCGCGCUGGAGGACGCACGGCUUGGCGGGAAGGCGAGGGGACGGUGCGGAGCCUCCGGUGCUGGCGGUUGCCACGAGUGGGAGCCGGGGUCCGGCGCCGCAGCACGCGGAACCGAGCAGAAGGUGGCGGGGCCCGGCGAAGCCACGAUGAAGCCGAGCAGUGAGGAAGCGGAGGAGUUGGUGCAGGGCGUGGGCCCCUGGGACGAGUGCUUCGAGGUGGCGGUGCAGUUGGCGCUGCGUGCGGGACAAAUCAUCAGAAAGGCCCUCACUGAGGAAAAACACGUCUCGACGAAAACGUCUGCCGCAGAUCUUGUGACAGAAACGGAUCACCGAGUGGAAGAUUUAAUUGUUUCUGAGUUGCGAAAGCGGUUUCCUUCGCACAGGUUCAUUGCAGAAGAGGCCACAGCCUCCGGGGCCAAGUGUGUGCUCACCCACAGCCCGACGUGGAUCAUCGACCCCAUCGACGGCACCUGCAACUUCGUGCACAGAUUCCCCACUGUGGCGGUUAGCAUUGGAUUUGCUGUUCGCCAGGAGCUGGAAUUCGGAGUGAUUCACCACUGCACAGAGGAGCGGCUGUACACCGGCAGGAGGGGCCAGGGCGCCUUUUGCAAUGGUCAGCGGCUCCAGGUCUCCAGGGAGACAGAUCUCGCAAAGGCCUUGGUUCUGACAGAAAUCGGGCCCAAACGUGACCCCGAUACUCUGAAAGUAUUCCUGAGCAACAUGGAGCGGCUGCUGCACGCCAAGGCUCAUGGGGUCCGGGUGAUUGGCAGCUCCACCCUGGCCCUCUGCUACCUGGCCUCGGGUGCCGCUGAUGCCUAUUACCAGUUUGGCCUCCACUGCUGGGACCUGGCAGCUGCCACAGUCAUCAUUAGAGAAGCAGGCGGCAUUGUGAUUGACACCUCAGGUGGACCUCUUGACCUCAUGUCGUGCAGAGUCGUGGCUGCUGGCACCAGAGAGAUGGCAGCGCUCAUAGCUCAGGCCCUACAAACUAUUAACUACGGCCGGGACGACGAGAAGUGAGCCACACACAGCUCGAAGGCUGAGACGCAGCAGCAACCUGGGAAAGAGCUGUCCCAGUGGCUUGAGCUCCGGGACAGUCUACCGUAGCUCUCCCCGGGCCUCGGUGCUUAGCUGAUUCUCUCUAAUCUUGUGUAGCCCCUUUCCAGGUCGGUACGUGUUCUUCCAUCAGAGCCAAACCCAAAUCUUGUGAGAUGUGUGUUAGUCAUCUAUCCAGAUUGUUUUCCCAGAAUGUAAAUCUCAGGUGAUAAAGCUUUAGAACGUGCUCUCAGGCCCUCCCCUGCCCGUGGUAAUCCAGAAGGCAAUAAAUCAGAAUUAUAGUGUUCUGUUUUGGGUCUUCCUCCAGCCUCUGGCUCCGGCAAGGCUGCUAUUACCCGGCAGGUCGCCUUUGCUCAGCUUGGAUGUCUGGCACCCGCCCGUGGUAACAGUGAAAACUUUCCCUAAAUAUCACUCUCCUGAUCUACAGGCUCUAUUUAACUACACAUAAAUAAUCUUUAGCCAUUUUUUUUAUACUGCCUUCAGUUGACCUUCAGGGAGUACAUGUACUGUAUAAAUUAAAAUGCUGUAUACAGAACCUUUAUCGAAGCCCACGUGUACUGAAAGAGGGAAAAAUGAGAAACUGAAAAACAGUGCUAAACUAUUUUGUGACAAACAUUUUUGUAAACAUAAAAUCUUUUAGGAGUUGCAACUUUUUAAACAGUGGAGUUUUUUUUUGUGGGGGGUUUGGGGGGCAUGCUGGGGUAGAACUCAGGCCCUUAUGCAGAGGAGACAGACUUUGUACCACUGAGCCAUGUCCCAGCACUAGGGACCAGAAUUCUGGUUCCAAGUUGAGCUGGGGCCUCGACUGUUGAGCCAGGUGACUGACUGUAGACAAGGCCCUGGGUAGUCCUGAAAUAUCUGUACUAACAAGGCCUUGUGGCCUUUUGCAUCUUGUGAACCUGGUCAGUUCUACACCUGGCACACUGCGGGUGCUGUCGCACCUGGUGCACCACGGGUGCUGUCGGGGGAAACAGACAGCACUUCCCUUCUGUGCCAGGAAAUACCUUUUUCUUAAUGAGAAGUUUGCAGGUUUCCCUUGUUUUAACUAAAACAUGAGCUCUGUGCUUUGUCAAGUACCUUUUCUCUUUGAGGAGAUUGUCUAUCACCUGUGGCCACACUGGCAAAAAGCAAAGUUCUCCAUCCAUUGUUUUCAUGGGAUCAAUUGUCUUGGUCUUUUCAAGCUACUGAAUACUUCCAAAAGCAACUUUUUCAAGACAGGGUUUCUCUGUAUAGCCCUAGCUGUCCUGGAACUCACUCUGUAGACCAGGCUGGCCUCGAACUCAGAAAUCCACCUGCCUCUGCCUCCCAAGUGCUGGGAUUAAAGAUGUCCACCACCACUGCCCAGCUGGAAGCUGUUUUAUUUAUCUGUGUAAUUGUUUAUACAUAUUCAGUGUGGUAGCACUUUUCCACAGGCAAGUUGUUUUGUUUCUUUGAGAAGGGAUUUCAUGAAUCCCAGGCUGGCCUGGAACUUUCUAUGUAGCCAAGAAUGGCCUUGAACUCCUGAUCCUCCAGCCCCACCUCCCCACUGCUGGGAUUACAGACCUGUGCUACCAUGCCUGGCAACACGAUGUUUUCCGAUUUACCCCAGUAGGCCUACAUUUGAACCCUUUUCUUUUUUCUCAGCAUAUACUCAAAGCAGCACCUAGGGGCAGAUACACAAGAAAUUCCUCAGGCUCUUCAACAUGCAUUUUAAGAUAUAGCGAUGCAUUUUAAAAUAUAGCGCUUAAUGAAACUUAUGAAAAUCUCCUGGAUUAUUAUUUUCAAAUAAAUAACUCCCCAGGAGCAAGCUGUCCUUAGGUCCUCGGAGCACUUAAACAGGUUGUGUGUGCACUACUCUAAGAGAAAGAGAAAGCUCUGGGGAACAGGAAAUCCCCAAGGUUGGGCCAGGCGGAGACCCUUGCUUGUCUGCCGGCUCACUCAUUUUGUGGAGGACUUGCAGGGAACGUAGCUGGCCCGUUGUUUCUGUGCUGCUCCAGGUCACGCACCCACCCUCCCACCCAGGACAUUUUCACUUCUGUUCCAAACAGCAUCCAUCUUGUCAGGUGGUCAGUGAGUCCAUCCCUUCAGAAUUCUGAUCAGCUCCCACACACUUUCCCAUAACUCCCCUCUCUAUCUCAACAGCUUUGCCAGUAGCAGCCUAUAGAGCAGUGGUUCUCAACCUGUGGGUCACAGCUCCUUUGGGGAUUGAACAACCCCUUGAGAGGAGUUACCUGAGACCAUCAGAAAACACAUUUAUAUUGUGAUUUGGGACAGUAGCCACGUUACAGUUAUAAAAUGGCAACAAAAAAUCUUAUGGUCAACAUGAGGAACUGUAUUAAAGGGUCACAGCACUGGGAAGGUUGAGGCCUCUGCCCCUCAAGGAAAGACCUGCCUUUAUCGAUUAACCAAAUGGUUAACUUUAACGCGCUGCCAUCACAGCAGGGGGUUAGUCAGGUGUGGUUUUGUGCUCUGGCUCAUGUCCUCAGGAAAGCCACUGGCCUCUUGCUUCUGGCCUGCAUUGAUAUCAGAACUCUUAGAGCAGAGGGACAUCACUGGGCAUUAUGGGAAAGCCAGCAAGCGCAGAGCGUCGGGUGGAUUUGCCGUUUGCCCUGUGUUUAGUGAAUUCAUCUCCAACGCUCUCCAAACAGCUGCAGUGCGGCAGUUGUCCUGCACAAAUUCUUCCCUGGAGCGCUGUUACCACUGGGGUGUGUGCUGUGUCAGAAGGACCGGCUUCUGCUCCUGUGAGGCUGAGGGGAAGCGGCUGGGUCGACCGGUGGGAAAGAACGGUGGCAUCGGUCGGUCACAUUUUAUCAAAGUAAUAAUAGCCUGUUGCUGUCUUGUCUGUUCUUUUAAAAGCAAUCCGGUAUAUAAAAAUGUAAGCGUUAUAUAUUUAUGAGGUACAUGUACUAUUUCAAUGUGCAUUAUGUAAUGUUUAAGUCAGUAAAACCUACCCAGU